AGCUCGGCCCGCGCCGCUGCUGGGUGCCUGGCUGGCUGGACCGGCAUCGACGGGACCAGGUCUCAGGCUCCCCCCGGAGACCAUGCCACAGCCCCGCUGACCCACGAGUAGGGGCCUGAGGAGUGCCUGGGAUGGGCUGUGUGUUCUGCAAGAAAGUGGAGCCGGAGGCCAAGGAGGACACUGGCCUGGACGGAGCCUUCAGGGACUACGGGGCUGCGGAGCGCUAUGGCCCUGACCCCACUCAGGCCCAGCCUGUGUCCUCUUUUGCCCACACCCCCAAUCUGAACAACUUCCCGCCUACGCCCACCUGCCCAGCCUUCUUGGAUGGCAGCACCAUCAGGGGCAUGUCAGGGACUGGGGUGACCCUGUUCAUCGCCCUGUAUGACUAUGAGGCCCGGACAGAGGACGACCUCACCUUCACGAAGGGCGAGAAGUUCCACAUCCUGAACAACCUUGAAGGUGACUGGUGGGAGGCUCGGUCCCUCAGCUCCGGACACACUGGCUACAUUCCCAGCAAUUACGUGGCUCCUGUGGACUCGAUCCAGUCUGAAGAGUGGUACUUUGGAAAGAUUGGGCGGAAGGAUGCAGAGAGGCAGCUGCUGUCUCAGGGCAACCUGCGGGGGGCCUUUCUCAUUCGGGAGAGCGAGACCACCAAAGGCGCCUACUCCUUGUCCAUCCGGGAUUGGGACCAGACCAAAGGCGAUCACGUGAAACAUUACAAGAUCCGAAAGCUGGACACUGGUGGCUACUACAUCACCACGCGGGCCCAGUUCGACUCGGUGCAGAUGCUGGUGCAGCACUACAUGGAGGUGAACGACGGGCUGUGCCACCUGCUCAUGGUGGCCUGCACCACCCAGAAGCCGCAGACGCUGGGCUUGGCCAAGGACGCCUGGGAGAUCAACCGCGGCUCCAUCGCGCUGGACCGCCGGCUGGGUACCGGCUUUUCUGCGCUCUUCUUCCCAGGUAGCUUGCUGGAAUUUCUUAAGGACCAGGAAAGCCAGGAUUUGAGCCUGCCCCACCUGGUGGACAUGGCAGCCCAGAUCGCAGAGGGCAUGGCCUACAUGGAGCGCAUGAACUACAUCCACCGGGACCUGCGGGCAGCCAACAUCCUGGUGGGGGAGCGACUGGUGUGCAAGAUUGCAGACUUCGGGCUGGCCCGCCUCAUUGAGGACGAUGAGUACAGCCCCCGGCAAGGAGCUAAGUUUCCCAUCAAGUGGACCGCCCCUGAGGCCGCCCUCUAUGGCAGAUUCACCAUCAAGUCAGACGUCUGGUCCUUUGGGAUCCUGCUCACAGAACUCAUCAGCAAAGGCCGAGUCCCCUACCCAGGCAUGAAUAACCGGGAAGUGUUGGAACAGGUGGAGCAUGGCUAUCACAUGCCAUGCCCCGUAGGCUGCCCGGUGUCCCUGUAUGAGGCCAUGGAGCAGACCUGGCGUCUAGACCCAGAGGAGAGGCCCACCUUUGAGUACCUGCAGUCCUUCCUGGAGGACUACUUCACCUCCACAGAACCCCAGUACCAGCCCGGGGAUCAGACAUAGCCUGCUGGGGCCUCAGCCACCUCUCUGGGGGUGGCCAAGGCCUUGGUCCAAUGCCCAGGGCUUGGGUCCCAAAGCCCACAGGCUUUGAAUCCUACAUAGAACGUUCUAGUGCAUCAGAGAAGAGAGGACACCAUCCAUCACCACAUCGGGUUACCUGUUCACUUUACAGAUAGGUCCGAUCAAGACUCAGAAUGCAUCCCCUUCCCCUGUCGGGCUCCAAAUACCC